UACAGAAAGUGAGCUGCAGGUUAACACCCAGAGAUAAAACUCUGCUGCAGACAGAAGUAUAAACACAGAGAGCCUGAAUAUCCACCUUCUCUUCAACCGUUAUCUACACACAACGGGACUUUCAGAAACAAACAUGGCGUUCCCUCGGCUAUCUGCCUCCAUGCUGUUGGCUUCAUUGGUCCUUCUCUACUGGACAACGUCCUCAGCUUGGUCACAUGACCCCACAUCCUCCAUCGUCUCACCCCCCUACAGGGUGAAGAGGGCAAUGGCUUCCGGCACCAGAGAGAAAGCAGAUAAAUCUUUGGAAGUGGCUAAUAGCGUCCUGACUGGCAUCAAAGAAGUGAUUGAAAAGAUUGAAAUCAAAAAGUUGUCAGCUGUGAUAAAGAGUCUCUCCAACGUUGCCAUCUUGGCGGCUGUCAUCGGAGAGAUGGUCUUUGCUGCUGUCAACAUUGCCUUGAUCUUCAUCCCUCAGGAAGACGAGGUGCUGUAUGGGUUUGCUGAAGUGAACAGAAAGCUGGACUCUAUCUCCAUCCAGAUCUCCAACCUGGCAACAGACGUAGAAUGGUUUAACUACGCCAGCGUCUACUCUCAAGACGAGCUCCACAUCCUCAACUCCUGGAAGAAGUUCAAUGAGCUUCUUCAGAACAGCAAGUUGGUAACAAAUGAAGAGCAGAAACUCAGACUGGCUGAGAUAUUCACCAACUACUAUGAGAACACAGGAACUGAGGCCAGUGUGGCCAACCUCUAUCAUUACCUAACAGUCAAAGGCACGUCUCUCAGUGGAAACCUCAAUGAACUGCUGAGGAAGAAGUUUAAAUGUGACUUUCAAGAGAUCGGCAAAUAUAACAUCUAUUUCAGCAGUUUGCUGUGGAAGGGGAUGAUGCUGAACCAGUUCUACUGGAAACUAAUCGGGUUGGAUUCAUCAGGUAUAGAAGCUAAACACACCCAGAUGUUCAGUAAAGUUUACACAGCUCAGAUAUCAGCUAUGGAAUACUGCCUGACCAACCACAUGCAGUAUGUGAAGGAAGACGUGGUGGAGAUCAGGAAAGGAUUCAGUGCUGACAACAAAGAAGUCAUCGCUGAUAAGGUGAAAGAGUUUCUGGAUAAGAAGUACAACUGGUACAACUGGGUGGUGCUGGUGUACAACACAGACCAGGCUGAUUAUUACAUACUAUAUAAUCUGACUAAGAUUACAGAGGACACAAUCACCAUCGCUGUGGGAUACACUCUUAUAGCAGAUGAAAGGAAUGAUCACGUUAUCCAAGGAGCUGAUGAAUGCUUUCAAUCAAGUCAAUUAUGUGAAAGUAACACAGCACAAAACUGUAAGUAUACGCCAAAGAACCCUAAUCCAUAUAUGGCCAGCAGUAAGGAAUUGACCUUCACAGAUUACGCUAAAGCGACACAUGCUGCCUAUGGAGAAGAGUUUGCUGUGGCUCCAGCACCCUUUCACCAAAAUGACUGUUGGUGGUAUCGUAGUUAUUAUAGACAGAUUUCCAUCUAUUCCUCCCGGAGGUUGCCUCUCUGCCAAGGUGAAACAUGUAUCACCAAUGGAUGGUGCAAGCGGCUGCUGGACUCCAAUGAAUGGAUGUGUAAUUGUUGGGAGGGUUACUAUGGUAAGAGAUGUGAAGAGAGAAUCCCAAUUGGCAACGCUACAGCAAUUCCUUUACAAGCUGUACCUGACAUCAGCACCAUUGACACAAAACUGAAAAUGAUGGAGAUCAAACUGGAAGAGAUUCUCAAGUCUAUCAAUGAAACAUGUAGUGGCUAAUAGGAGAUAUCUGCAGACCGCUGACAGACAACAGGAAUGAUGACUUACUGCUAACGGACAAACUGACACACAUCAACUGACUGAGCAUCUGAGAACGGCACCAUGAAGGAAGGACAAGUAAACAAUGCUCAUUAAAGACUAAAUUAUGUUCAGGCAACAACUCUAGUCUGUAAAACCUCCUCCCAACAGUGAAGCAUGUCGGGGUCAGAGAUGAGUGAGAUGAUGAGUUGGUCUGUUGUUCUGUCUUCAUUUCCGUGAAUCUGUCCAGCUGAUGUCAACACGACCCAAACAGUCACUAUACUAUACUAUGUACUAUAUACUAUGUACUAUAUACUAUACUAUUCACUAUACAGGAAAUACACCAGGUUUAAAUAUAAUAAUCAGAAUAUUAAUGUCCCAUUUUAUUCUGACUACAAAGUUUAUUUCAGUUUUAAACCAUACAUACAAACCAACCACCAUAGUUGUUUCUUUUGAUUAAUUAAAAGCUUGAAGUUGCUGCAGUCUGUUCCAGCUCAGUGUAACUCUGUUGUUCUUCAUACGACCACCAGAUGGAAAUAAUGGGACAAGAAACUAAUAAAAGAUGUACUGCAUAUCGUUGUCUUUGUACUACUCUGCACAAUGACAAUUAAAUUGAAUCUAAUCUAAUCUAAUAAAAGAUUUAA